AUGCGGACUGCUAGGACACGUUUCAUUUGUGCAGAAGGAUUGGACUCACGAUUAUCUGCCGCUGCAGGGGUGCUUGGCCUUGAACCCUUCGUCUACGCAAGAUGCCCCCAAACGCAUCUACUGAACACUGGACGAUUUCAAAACCUGCAGUAUCUUCUCCUCUGUUACCACUCCGUCGAGACACUCAAAGGAACCUUUAUAGUCCAGCUUUAUCCUUGGCGGAAGCCAUAUGGUUGGGAUCGCAAGAAGUCGUGGCUGUGGCACCUGCAGGAAGCGGAAGAUCGCGAAAGACCUUCCUGUGCUCAGUGCAUUAAAUCGAACAGAAUAUGCACCGGAUACCGAAAAUACCCCAUCUUCAUUGCUCAUCAGCCGCCCAAGGGCGAUGACCCCAAGCAUCCAGGGUAUGUUGAAUCUACCAUUGAUUCGACAAUACGUCCCCACGACAGUCAGCCAGAUCCUGUAGAUUUCAAUGGAGUGGUGGGAUCUUCUCCAUCUGGUGGUCUUGACCUCGAUCCAGUCCAAAGCCUCAUUCGCUUGGGAGCCCAAGUCAACACCAACCCGGCUCUUCGCCAGCGCCUCUUGAGCUUGUACCUGGAAAACCACUUGUCUAAAGACAGGCUUGGUCCAAUGCAGCAGAGAGUGUGGCUGAUACAGGUCCCCAGACUUCCUGAUCUUACUCCAGCAUUAGAAAUUUCAAUGAUGGCAUUGGCUGUCGCUAAGCUUGGCGAAGUCUAUCGUGAUGAAGGGCUUGUUCAUGAGAGUCUGAAGCUUUACCGCGAAGCUCUGCGCGAGGUCCAAAUAGCACUGUGGGAUCGAAACUUGAUGCUUCAUGACCAGACGCUUGCUGCUUGUGUGGCUUUAGGCAUGUAUGAGAUGAGUCAAUGUCCGAAUCAGUCAAAACAUGGAUACAUCAGUCAUACUCUAGGCUGCCAAAAGCUGAUCCAACUUCGUGGUGCGGAGGCGCAUACGGAUGGGUUGGGGCAUUCCAUCUUCGUACAUUUCAGGAUUCAGGGCAUCCUCUAUUCUCUCGACCUGUGCCAGCCUUCCUUCUUGGGGGAUCCGCUGUGGCUGGAGGUACCCUGGCAAGUCAAACCGAAAACACCCUAUGACCGAAUUUACGACUUCCUCACAUGUGCGCCAGAGCUACUCAGGCAGGGCGAGAUGCUCGAGCACAUGGAUUUUGAUGGCAAGUUGCAGCUUGCGACGAAGAUGAUAUGGAAAUGCUGGAAGCUGGACGCCGAGUUACAGUCUGUUUAUGACUCUUUGGAAAAGAGCCAUGACGGGCCACUAUAUUGGCCAGAACUGGCGAAAGACCAAAGUCUUGACGUAGGCUCGAAGGAUGGCAUGUUAUUUCCGGUGGCAUUCCACUUUCCCAAUCUCUCCAUCGCCAACACGGUCAUCAUUAGCUGGGGGGUUCAGGCUAUCUUGUGGCAGGGUCUGUGGAACCUCUAUGGACUGAUUGCCGAAUUGCAGACGGCAUUUGCAGAAGGGGCCGCUUUCGCACGAGGAAAUGUGGACGGGGCUACUACCGGACCUUCGACCGAUGAUGUUGGCAGUAUCUUCCACUUCCCACCACUAGAACAUCGGGCAGACUUCGCCGCACCCUGUCGCAAUAUACUUCAGUCUGUCGAAUACAGCCUGCAAGACGACAUGCUCGAUCAAGGGCCGAAAUGUGUUGCGGCUCCAUUGAGGAUGGCGAUAGAGACAUUGCUGCCAUUCCCUCAGUACAGGCGCGAGGUCGAUUGGGCGGAGAGAGCAGUGAAGAAAAUACAGGAGAGAUCCUUCCGGUUACUCAUAUACUAUAAGCCACGAAGGUAG